AUGACGAUGUAUCAGCAGGCAAUCCCAAAUCAAUUUAUGUUUAUUAGGAAGAAUAGGAAUACAAGUUGUAUGUUUAUAAGAAAUGAAAAGCAGCAGCAGCAGCAGCAGCGCAAGUCGUGGGCGAGAGACAGAGUAAUAGAUUUCGGUAAAUAUAAGGGGAAGAUGCUGGGAAGCCUUCCAUCAAGCUAUCUGAAGUGGGUUUCAAAAAACUUACGUGCACGGGAUUUUGAGGAAUGGGCAAUUCUUGCAGAUCAAGUCCUUGUAGAUCCCAUCUACAGAGACCGCAUCGAGUGGGAGUUUGCUCUCAACGUGUUAGAUGGAAACUCUGCUAGAUCCACUAGAUCCACUGAACCCGCAGAUUCUCAACUCCAGGAGAUAAGCGAGAGGUUUGGUUGGGAUAAGAUUGGUUGGAGCAAAGUUGAUUUCGACCUUCUUGGCACUUCUAAAGGAGGCAGAAUUCCCAGACUUGGUAAUCCAACUGAACCCAAACUCCCACCUGCUGCUACUGCUGUUGUUACUACUACUACUACUAGUAUCAGUAUCACUAGGAGGAUGGAGAGAAGAGACAGACUCAAAAUGAGAUCGACGCAGCAGCAGCAGCAACAGCAACAACAACAAGUUGUGCCUCCUGCUGCUGAUAUUAAACAAGUUGCCAACCCAUUCCCAGGACGUCAGGCUCUUCUCCGCAAAGCCAUCAACCACCGCGCAGAUUCCUAA